AUGGUCAUCUUCUCAAAUAUCGAUAGAUUUUACAAAAGAAACAAAUUUAGAUCGAAAAAGGUUUCGACUUGCAUCAAUUCUUCAAAAAGUUUUACUCUCUCUCUCUCCCCUCUCUCUCCCUCUCACCCUCUCCCUCUCUUUCUCUCUCUCACUCUCCCCUUUCACUCUUCCCCUCUCUCUGACUCUCUCUCCCUCUCUCUCUGCAACAUUUUUUUGACUUCUCUUGUCCAAUUUACUCUCUAUAUUUCUCUUUCUCUCUCUAUUUCUCUCCCUCUCUCUCUCUCUCUCUCUCUCUCUCACUCUAGGCGCACAGACGCCGACACAAACGUCACCUCCAACUCUACCGUCGCCGCCGUACCUUCCUCGCCAUUCCCCACCCUUCCGCCAUCAUUUUCCUCUUUUUUUUUUUAUUCUUGUUCCUCUUCUUUCUUGCCUUGUUUUUCCUUCUCUCCCCUUUCGCGAGUCGAAGCUCGCUGGGAAUUCAGUGCGGCCUGCCUUUCUAAUUGUGGUAUAAACAACAUCGCCGACAACGCCGCUGCCUCUGCCAAUCACAUUACAACUCUCCUACGCUGCCGCCAACUUCUGACGAAGAAAUGGAUUUUUCUUUCUUUCUCUCUUUUUUUUUCUUCUUUUUUUUUUUUUUUUUUUUUUUUUUUACCUUUUUUUUUCCUGUUCACCACCGAUCCAUCUCUCUCUCUCCCCACAUAUCUAUCUAUCUAUCUAUCUAUCUAUCUAUCUAUCUAUCUAUCUAUUCAGCAUCUCUCUCUCUCCCCAUCUAUCUAUCUAUCUAUUAAAUUGGGGGUUUGUGUUGGGGGAACGGCAGCGGGAGGCACAAGUACGUGCCAUAAACAAAAUCAUACUGACGUCAUGGACACCCGGGCUUCAACCGAAACUGCAUCCGCGCCAAGGUUGACCAAAAAAACUGGACGUAUUCUCUGGAGGAAAUUCCGUAGUUAG